AUGAAUGAGUCCAGGCUACAGUCCCUGUUCUUCAUCAUCCUUCCAGAUUUACACAAACUCUGCGCUAUUCAAAUACUAUUGAGUAGCAGGGUGGCAGAGAUAGACAUUAGGAGUGCUCAGAUAAAGAUGUGCAGGCAGUUGCUGCUUUUACAUGAAGAUAUUCUUACAGCACCUGUGCCUGGGAUAUUAAACCAGAUUUCAGUAGUGAUGUCGAUACCAUUUUUCAAGUCUGGGAGACUUAAUGCCUAUAUUGAAAACUGCGGAGCUAAGAUGGAGGCUCCACAACGAGUAACUCCUGCAAUUCUUCAGAACUGCCUUUCGUACUCACUCGUGGCUAGACUCGCUCCAGUCUGGAAUAGGACAGGUCAUCUCUUGGUACAAGGCCGAGAUUUUCUUUCUAAUAUGGGAAAGCAAAGUGCAGUUGUAUUAGAUAUCAAUGUAACAGAAACUCAAGUUUGUCUAAGUAUAGAAGUCUAUACUAUCAGAUUGCCACCACCUGAGCUACAGGAGUUUGAUAUUUCUCAGCAUAUUAUAGAGGAUUUUCAUACCAACCAGAAUGCUGUCAUUGAGAGACAUUCCAUUUUAAACAACUGGUGCUAUAUUUUACCCAGUAUGAAAAUGGGUCAGAUAAUAAAUAUUCUUCAUACAGCACCCCCUGACUGUCCUUUUCAUUCCUUUGAAGAUUUCCAGAGGCACUGGGAUGACCUGUAUGGUUACAAACUUCCAGAAGACUGUGGGGAUAUGAAAAUAUACUGCAGCAUCUACUUCAAAACAAUUAACACAAGGACCUUCACGUACCCUCUCAGCUGCAUCAGAAGUCAGCCCAUUCAGUUUUUCCCAAGAGUCGAUUUGGAUGGUGUGUUGAAAAGCUUCCUUUUAGAUUUAAAAUCAAAACUGCCGCAUUUAUGUGGAUUUCCCAUAAAGAUGACAAACAAGCCAUGCUAUUACACACAGGAGCUAACCAGACCACAUCUGCAGGAAAACAAAGUCAAACCAUCCAAUCUGACUACUAAAAAAUUCUUCCGAGCUUCUGUAACUCAAUCCACGUUGGUGAAACCCACCAGAGCUCUAAAUUUCAUCCCACAGUCAACAGCUGCAGAGCACAAGGUGGAGCUUGUUGUCAGCCAGCAGAGGUCGGGCUUGUUCUCAGCUAGUUGCCACCAGCCUGGGUCUUUUCAUGACAGAAAGCCCUCUGGGCCUCUCAAGGCACCACAACUACAUUUGGAAGAGCUCAGCAGAGAAAACACACAAGUUGGGAGCAAAAAUUUUUGCUUACAAAGCAACAGAGCACCAGCAUUCAUACCAGUUUUCAAAAAGAAAUCCGAGCAAGUGAACAAAACCAUCUCAGCACCUAGCACCUUGAAAAGAAAACAGAGCGGGGUUACAGAGCCUACCUUAUUAGCACAGGAAACUAGUGUUACCCAGGGAGGCAAAUCAAGUCUAGGUACAGCCACUCGAAAAAGAUCAAAUAGCAACAUUCGAGUACUUGCUGACAACUUAAAUCAGAAGUGCUCCAAACCUCUGCAAAAAAAGGACACUGAGUUCUAUGAUCAAAAGAAGGAACAGCCCUCUUCUGAUUUAAGACAGACUGUGUACCUUAAAGAAGCUAGACCAUUGUAUACUAGUGCCAUGACACAGAUGUCAAAUAACAGUUUAGCCAUGAUGAAAAAUGAUGUUGACAUCCACAUAAGUGGAAAAGACAAUCUAACAAGCAGAUUCAUCACACAAAUUUUAGGAAAAAGCCACGAGUCCCUAAAACUCAAAAGUCAGCCACACAUUUUUGAAUCAGACUUAGAAACUGAAAAUUCCCAGCUCCAACAGCAACAAUUAGCAAAUCAAGUUAAAGAAGUCAAUGCAGCUGAACACAGCCUAACAGAAAGCAAAGCAGCAGACAGCCGCAGACAGAAAUUAUGUCUUGAGUCUUCAAGGGCUUCUACGAAGCAUCGUCCCAAUGCUGCACACCAGAGGCAAUCUAGCUCUAAGAACCAGGUAAAGAAAACAACAAAAUCCAAGAAUUCCUUCAACAUUCCUGAAGCUGAGUACAGUGUGGAACAGACUGUCUACCAGGCUCGUGAUGACGGUUUCCCUGCUGGUCUUGAAAAACAGGGAAACAACCCUGGGUGCUCAAUUCUUUCCAAACUUCUGGGCACAAACUCUGUCCUCCAGAUGCCGUAG